UCUAGUUAUAUCACAAAUUAACAAAUGAUUAGUCUUUCCAUUGACGUAAUUUAUUCAAAAUUUGAUAUCGAAACACGUAUUUUUGAGCACAAAAUGUUAUUCUUCCAUUUUUGAGAAAUCAUGUUCACAUACACCUUGGAAAAUUAUAUAUUUCACACUUGGGAAGUUCCAAAUAGCGAAGACUUUUUGAGUAUGAAUUUUUCGAUGAAUACGAGAAAGUAAAAUCCGUUUGUGUCGUCACCCUUGUCAAAAGCGGGGGGCACCCCUCUCAACCGAUGGGAGUCAAACACCUGGUACUUGGGAACCCAACGGGAAUCAGUUCAUGGAUCAUACUCUCCUCGAAUCAGGUGUACGACUGACUUCCCUGCCACACUUGGGUAAAGUUUUCUCAAAAAUCAUUGGGAAAAAUUUAGGCGGGCAAAUGACGCUCUUUAAAAAUGAGUUCUUCUGUUACAGCUGUUUGUGAUAUUCCUGAAGGAACGAGCUCACUGCCGGGAGUUGGUGAUAUAGCUAUACAAAGGCUGUUAGAGAAGUCUACAACUAAGAAAUUCCAUUUUCACGUAGAGUUAAAUGAUGGCUUUUUAAAUAUUGUCGAAAAGCAGGUAUGCCCAAAGUGGGCAUGUCUCAUAGCUAUAGCUAAAAAUUGUCAUGAACAAAAUGUGGAGCUGACACAAAGUCCUGGUGGAUUAAUUCUUAGAAUGACUAAAGCUGUGAAGGCUUCUGAAGAGCUCUUUAUUUGGAUGGGUGCUGAUCUUCUGUCACAGUUAGAAUUCCCUUUCUUGACACCUAUUAACAUCAAAGGAAACCAAGCCUAUCAUUGCCAUAAAUGUAGCCGUAUAUUUCAGAAUCCCAAUCCAUUGAAAGUUCACCUAUUUUUCCAGUGUAAUUUCCUAGAAUCUCGAGACUCUCCCAGUAUUUUGAAAGAAGCAUUUCAAUUGGAAAAUUCUAUGCCUUUUUCAACUCUUCCGACAGCAGAAAGUGAAAUGCCGUUGUACGUUGGACUUGCUAACUCGAGAGCUCUUCAAUCGCUGAAUUCCAUCUCAGCUUUAGAACAUGCGAAACAUUUUUAUAAAGGUAAUGACGCUUCGCAAGAAUCAACAUCAUCAAACAAUAUGUGGGGUGAUUAUUCUUUAUCUUCAACAUCGGGUCAUGUCUGCGGAUAUUGUGGUAAAGUCUAUUCUCGAAAAUAUGGAUUGAAAAUCCAUGUUCGCACACAUACGGGUUUCAAACCCCUGAAGUGCAGGUACUGCUUCAGACCUUUUAGUGAUCCAAGCAAUCUAAAUAAGCACAUUCGUUUGCAUUCUGAAUCAUAUACUCCUUAUCGUUGCUCAAUUUGCGGUAAAAUUCUUGUCAGGCGAAGAGACUUACAACGUCACAUCAAUUCCAGACAUACUGAAGACUCUAAAAAUGAUAUUCAAAACAUACUUAAAAAGGUUUAAGAAAAGUUAAAAUAAAGACAUGUCAAUUUUUUAAUAAAGAUGUGUACUUAUUGCGCUUGGCUCUUUUAAUAUGCUCUCUAAUUUUCGAAAACUGUCCAUGAAAUUAUAAUUAAAAUGAAUUUUAAUGAUCAUCAUCACUUGUUAAAGUACUUGUAGCGAAAGAAAUUUGCUACUUUAUUGAUCAUUCACUCAAUUUGAAUUAAAAGAAAGCGUUUUAUAUUUCUUACAAAGUGCGUCAUAUUAAAAAAUAAAUAGAUUUUGGACUUAUUAUAUCAAACAAAAAUCUCCAUCAUCGCAAAAGAUAUUUUACAUUAUUCUAGUCACUGUCUCCCCCCCCCCCCCGAAUGUUCUCAUUCAACUGUUAAACAUUGUAGUACUAGUAGCAAAGAAAACAAUCCUUUAAAUAAUUCUUUAAAAAGGAAUCUGGAAUUCAAUUGAUUUUGUAGCAAACUUCCAACAAUUUCAAUCCCUUCGUUUGAGCUCAGUUUCAUCCCAAAUAAUUUUGACGCUGUGUCUAUUAGUGUGCAUGAGAACACAAUAUCUAAAAAAACGUUACAAUAUAGAUGAAUCAAAUUAGGAUUGUGCACUAUCAGUUUUGAGUUUUCUUUUGGUUAUGAAAGCCUAAAAGCACCUGCCUGAAUUCGCUAACAACUUUAAAAUGCUAAUCACGAGCAACUUGAGCAAUCGUGAGCAACUCGAGGAAUCACAAGUUCAUCACGAGCAACCUUAAAAUGCUAAAUUAUCAAAAUAGAUUCAAUAAUGUCUUCCAUUACAAAAGAAUCCUCUGUUCCCAAUUUCCUACACUUUUGUUGUAAUCUGGAUGUGUCAUCUUUUAAUAACAUUCAUAAGUGAAUUUUGACAGUAAAGGGAAUAAAUAUAAUAUAUUGGGUGUAUAAAUAUGAAUCAACAGAUUUUUAAAAGAUGGUAUUUAUUGUCCGCAAAUAAAUCGAGAAACAACAACCUUUAAAAAUUAGUAUGUGGCCUCUGGUUUAUAUUUAAAGCGAAUAUUUUUUUAGCUCAGGAAACGUGACAAGUUUGUGCCAAGGAAACAGCAUUUGCGGGUAGUUACGUUUCAUUAUUUUAUUUCAAAGAAAACUGUAGUAGAACCACGUCGAUUGUUGUUGAAUAUUUAUGGUGACCAUGCCUCAUCGAAUUUAACUUGCAAAGAAUAGUUUCUGCGAUUUUAAAGUGAUUAUUUUAAUACAUAUGGCAAACUGCAUAACAAAAAGCAGAGUUUAUUAUGAACUGUUAUAAUACAAUCAAACCAUCAAAUGUGGUCAAUAUGAACGAUAUAUUGAAGGAAAAAUAUCCAGAAUAUGGCGGAAGACAUGACAAGCUGUUUUCCAACAUGACAAUUCUUGCCCACAUGUUACCAGAAAAGUGAAAGAAACUUUAGAAUGAUUUCGCUGGGAUAUAUUACCUUAUUCUCCGUAUUCACCAUAUGUUCUUUAACUUGAUGGAGAAAGCCGUUUCUGAAGAGAAGUUUUAUUCUGACGCAGUUAUCAAAAAUUGGCUUGAUAAGUGGAUUGCAUCUAACCGAUUGGACCUUUUUCUUCACGGAAUUUGUUUGUUAUCCAAAAGAUGAACAAAUGUUAUU